GAUUGGCAGAGAGGGGUGGAGGACACUGAAUGGAGGCCAGUGGAGGGAUUGGCAGAGAGUGGUGGAGGACACUGAGUGGAGAUCAGUGGAGGGAUUGGCAGAGAGGGGUGGAGGACACUGAGUGGAGGACACUGAAUGGAGGCCAGUGGAGGGAUUGGCAGAGAGGGGUGGAGGACACUGACAGGAGGCCAGUGGAGGGAUUGGCAGAGAGGGGUGGAGGACACUGAAUGGAAGCCAGUGGAGGGAUUGGCAGAGAGGUGUGGAGGACACUGAAUGGAGGCCAGUGGAGGGAUUGGCAGAGAGGGGUGGCGGAUACAGA